AUGGGCUAUAAUCCCUUUCUACCCACAGCUCUCGCAAGAGUCAACGUGUUAUGUGUCCCAGCUGGGCCGAUAACACCAGAUCGCUUCCAGAAAUUCAUCAAAUAUUUGCAGAACGCUGCGACAGCCGAACGGGAGGUGGUGGAAUCUUCUUCAUCUGCCCAAGUUGCGGAAACAUCACGGGCAGGAGAUGGCUGUAUCUUGUAUGAUAUUUCAGCCAAUCAAGACACCAGGCGGCCGCAUCUUUUCCCUUUCGAAACGAACACGCGGUGCCAGAUGCUCCUGGGGCUGAUUGACGGCGAAAGAGUUUCAAAUGUGCCUGCCGAUGCCUCAGAAGCAAAUGGCGUGGCCCAGGACAACAUCUCGGCAACUCUUGACUCUAUCAGAGUCAGUUUUAGCGAGCAUCUGACCUCACAACCUGGACUCGUCGUCCGUUGCCUCGUUUAUUGUGGCACAGAAGCUAUCAGUCCUCUUGGCGAUGAUGUUCUCAGCAUGCCAGAUUCCGAAGCUGAGAAUACCGCCAGAGCAAUUUUGGCCAAUCUUUCGCGGCAAUUGCUGGACGGCGUCAAACUCAUUCUUAAUGACUUAAAGGACCAGCCAAUCAGCAUGGUGCCAGGUGCGGGCUCGCAAACUCCUCGACGCACCGGCACAACCCCAGCCCAAGCAGAGAGAAGCUCAACUCCUGUAGUUACAAGGUUUCCAAGCCCGAUGCAGACUUCCAACGGUUCAGAGCAGCAGAGCGAUACGUCAAGGGGGCGAUUCAACGUCAUUCAAGGCAUGUUCUGGCUGCAAUGUGGCUUUUGGACUGACGCAAUGAGCGUCCUCUCUGAGGGAGCUUCCAUUGCACAAAGCGGCCACGACCAUCUCUGGCAUGCAAAGGCUCUUGAAAAUCUCCUUAUCUGCAUGCUUCUAUUAUCUUGGUCCGGCCUCAGUUUCACUGUACCACAAGUCUGUCGUUCUCUGCCUAACAGAAGCGGUACAUUUCAAGCUGAAGUUGCGCCGCGGUCAGGCGACUCACUGAAGAUAUUAGCUCAGUUACUACCACCAAUGGUUGAAACCGUCCUCGAACUCUACGCCAAAGUGGCGAAUUUGGACCUGGGCGGGUCAUUGCAAGAUGUCUUGAGGGAAUGCCGCGUCAGACUUGUGAACAUGCUGAUUUUUGUCAAGCGCGCCGGAGGUGUGCUAAACAGACAUGGUUUGAAUCAGAUUGUGGCAGGUGACAGUAUCGUAUCUGAGCAGUCCGUGCAUACCGAUGGAGAGCCUGUUGCGAUCUCUAAAGCUGGGCUUGCCAAUAUUCUGAUCGAGACACUUCAAGAAGCUCAAUCGAGCAGAAAUUUAUCGCACCAUACGAGUAUCUUGGUUGCAAUUGCCGCCAGUCUGUCGAUGCUGGGAUUAGAUCGCAAACACGCCUUCUAUAUCAAACAGUUGAUGCAGCAAUUCGUUCCGAAACUGAUUGAGGCGAGGAAAAUCGGGGCUUCCGAGGCCGGUGUUCAUCCUGCUGCCGGGCUUCCGCCUCUUGCACUUCUGGGUAUUCUCCCGGAGAUGAUGGUUGGCACGAGGGCCAUGUUGAACCUUGCAGCUGGAGCAUACGGGGUUCCUCUGCCACCAAUCCCCGAAGUCGCGCACAGAAUACCUGCUGAUCUCAAUAGCAUCCAUGAUAGACUCAGAAUAUGGGCUAUCGAACAUAGUUCAGGAGACGUUAUGCUGAAGCUAGAAAUGCUGCGGACGUGUGUAACUGUCUGCGAGGCCUUGCCCGAUAUCCCAGCCGGGCUCCAUUUCACCUCAAAUGUUCUGCGCGGGGCGAAACAAAUCAUCACCAUGCCAAAACAUCCAACUGAGGAGGUUCCAUUGGUCUCUGCGGAGGAGCAAGUACGCCUACUCGACAGUGUGAAACGUGCCGUCUCAGCAGCCUCGCGGUUAGGUGCAGAGGGCUACCGUGCGGAAUACUGGGAUGAUUUUCUCGUUCGAGAUAUUCAAGUUUUUGAACAAGGUACUUUUGCGAAACUAAUUGCACACAAGCCUACCGAUCUCGCCAUACGUGGGAGUGGGCUUGUCGAAACGGUACGGGAUCCAUUCAUAUACAAUCCUUUCUCGAAAGACAAAUCCGUCGCGGCGGCUCCGGUCCUAGUAGCAGGCGAGCUAGCCGUGUUUACUGUCCUUCUUCAGAACCCGCUCGAAGUGGAGAUUGAAAUUGAAGAAAUUGGCCUCCUGAGUGAAGGAUGUGCUUUCGCUCCCUCACGCCACAGCAUCGUGCUGGGACCCUUCUCGACCCAGAUGUUCACACUCAGUGGCACCGCGACAGGAAGCGGUGACCUACAGAUUAUUGGCUGUAGAGCAACCAUACGCAACUGCUACGAACAAGACUUCCUCACUUUCCGUGGUGAUUGGAAACUUUCAGUGAUGCCGAAGCAGAAUGCUGUUGGAAGGGUCAGAUCCAGAAAAGAGCAGGCGAGUGAUAAUGAAGGGUCCACGACAUAUGCAAACUUCCCCUUGAAUCCACCAGCAGCGACGCCUCUGAAGCUCCAGGUCAUUGGCUCUCAACCUCGACUGGUUGCCAAAUCAAGCAGUCUGAGUAAUCCGGCCGUUAUGCUGCUAGAGGGAGAAAGCCGUGUUUUUGAUCUCAUGCUAGUCAAUGAAAGUGAGACCGUGGGAGCAGAUUUCGUUCUUGUAACGACAGAGGACUCGGUCACCGCAAGACUGCAAGACGCCCUUAACAACAAAGAUCUUAACCCGGCGGAAUUGUACGAAAUCCAGAACCAGCUCACGGUGCAUCCAGCUGUGGAUAUCAAAGAUCAGCGCGACGAGGACUCCUCCAAAGUUCUGGAGCCUGGCCAAAGUAUUGCAUACCAAGUGACAAUCUUUGGACGAGCUGGCCUCGUGAGCGCUACUGUACAAGUAAAUUAUGCGUAUCUUGGGUCACCAUCAUCAGAAGUGAAAGGGACUUUUUACACCAGACAGAUCCGGUUUCCGAUCUCCGUCACGGUCAACGGCUGUGUGGAAAUACCACGAUGCAACAUCUUUCCAAUCCACAGUGACUUCAGCUGGAAUUCGGGUAUAUCUUCAGACGAAUCAACGGAGCUAGACGCCAACAGUUCCUCAGGCAUCUCAGGCAUUUCCAUGUUAUCCAAUUGGCUCCAGUCUCAGCCUGAUGCAAGUCGAUAUUGCAUUUUGUCCCUGGAUCUUCGGAAUGUCUGGCCCCAACCCCUUCACAUUGAACUCCAAGCUCGAAAGUCGAAUUCAGAAUCUCUUACCGGUGAGCAGCUCUGGGAGGGUGCGUAUUCAGUCACUGAGACACUGCAACCUGGACAUAUCAGCCGAGUGAUUUUGUUGGCCCCUCGGCUGUUCGUCCAAGACCCUCAUGCACCAAUUCCUAACCUAGACACACAGAAACAAUUUGUGGUAACAGCAUCUAAGCUGAGUGUGGAAGCAGAGGCAGCAUGCCGAGAGUCCUUCUGGUACCGCGAAGAGCUACUCAAGUGCUUACGGGGCACAUGGCAGGAAGAAGGCUCAGUCAGGCACGGAGAGAUCGAUUUGAGAAAAGGUGUCAGAUUGAGUCCACGUAUGGUGGAUGCGCUCAAAAUCGACCACGUUGAGAUUGAAUUCGCUGUCAGACCACACGAAAAGACUGAAGAAGUCGACGGUAAUGGAAAGACGGCCGUGUCACAGAUCGGGAAAUCACAUUUUGUCGUCAAGACCGAGGUGUUCGCGACCCUGUCAGCCACAAUCCACAACCAUACUCAAGAGACGCUGCGCCUAAUCCUUCGUCUCCAGCCGGCUCUUCGACAUCAACCUCAUAAUAUCGCCCUGGACCUAACAAAGCGGUUCACUUGGACUGGUGUGCUCCAGCGUGCUUUGCACCCCACCGUUGAGCCCGGGGGUGUUUGUGUGGCGGAGCUAGGCAUCAUCGCGCUUGUUGAUGGGGAGUAUGAGAUUAACGCGUCUGUUGAAGAGAUCAGCCGACGCCGCACUCCAAAGACUGCGAAGUCCUCAGAGGUGCCAGGUGCAGCCAUCGAAAGACGCAUUUGGCAUGCUAGAUCACCAUGUCUGAUCGACGCCAUGGGGGCGUGA